UGUCAGAAAACUGCUAAUGAAGAUGAAGGAGCUGCUCCUCUUCUUCUCCUUUGCCCUCUGUGUCUCUGCUGACGUUCUUCAUGAGAACAUUCGUAUCAACGGCUGUUCAGACUUUGAUGGAGAGGUUAUGUUUGGACUGGAUGGUGAAGAGCUUGGCUACGCAGACUUCAACAAACAGAAGGAAAUCUACCCUCAGCCUCCUUUUAUUGAUCCUAUCAUUUGCCCAGGAUGUUAUGACGGUGCUGUGGCUUUUCAACAUAUUUGCAGAAGCAACCUGAAGAAGAGACGUGAUGCAAUGAAGGACAUCCCAUUAGAAUAUGAUGCUCCUUCAGGUGUGACAAUCUACACCAGAGAUGAGGUGGAGUUUGGAAUCCAGAACACUCUGAUCUGUCAUGUGACUGGUUUCUAUCCCGCUCCUGUCAAUGUCUCCUGGACCAAGAAUGAGCAGAAGCUCACUGAAGGAUCCAGCAUCAACGUUCCCUAUCCCAACAAAGAUGGGAUAUUCACCCAGAUCUCCAGACUGCAGUUCACCCCACAGCUGGGAGACAUCUACAGCUGCACAGUGCAACAUUUGGCUCUGGCUGAACCAGAAACUAGAAUCUAUGAUGUGGAGGUGGCUGCUCAGUCUGAUCCAGGUGUUGGACCUGUGGUGUUCUUUGGAGUGGGUCUGACAGUGGGUCUGCUCGGUGCGGCUGCUGGAACCUUCUUCCUCAUCAAAGGAAACGAGUGAAGCUGAU